AUGAUUAUACCGUCAUGCCUUCUGCGGUACUGGGCCUUUCGCAGCGCUCGUUGCCGGCGCGGGUUCCGCCCAGAAGAGGUUGUUAAAGAGAAGCGAGGCUGCACAUGGAGCACCUCAACCUACGGGACCCACACGACCAACCAGUGCCUUGUUGCCUUGGUGCCCUUUCCACCAGGCCGCAACGCACAGUCCAACGCCCGCGACAGGCUGCAUAGCGAUUCGCCUGCCUCGAUCGCCCUGGAUCUGCUCCUGCUCUGCCUUCCGCAUACGCCCGCUGGAGUCCCACCCAGCUGCCGCUCUGGACAGCUCGGCCCCAGCUUGUGCAAAACCUCGUCCUCUGCUUCUCAGCUGGCGUCAUUUCCUUCCUCUCACCCUCACCUCACCCCCCUCCCAGCAUCGUUUCUACCCUCGUUCUUCCGUCCUCCUCCUUAUUUCUGCGACUUCGUCUCCAUUUAUUUUCCUCUCACUCUCAUAGGACAAUGGUCUUGCCUGUGA